AUGGUAUAUUCCGUCACGGCUGAACUUUCGUUUCUCAAAGAUCACCCUCUCUACGAGGUGGAGAAGCCGUACCAGAUCAUCUCUGGUCUGGCAGCUUCCACUUGGCAGACAAACUGCGUCUUUGAAUCUGUUCCCGGAAUAAGAAUCAUAAAUUGCCGAGAUCAUAUGAGCGACUUCACAAUCGAGGCAAACGGAUUCGAGUUCUUUAAAUCGCCAAGUACUCACCUAUUGGACCACGGCUUUGUAGGAAGCCAAGAGAAAAAUAUUCGAGACGAGGCAAUUGAAUGCUACUUGCGCUCUACCAUCGCUCAGGCCCGCAAGAGAUUCAAUGCCACUGAGAUCUUUUGUUUUGAUUGGCGGGUCAGAUCUCGAGGAGCUAAAGAGCUACAGUCGGAGUCUGACGAGCAAGACAUCCGACAUCAUCUUCUCGAUGUAGCUCAUGUAGUACACCUAGACUUUUCUCUAGAUGGCGGUAAAACAGCUUUGACGAGGAAUUUGCGACGAGACGAGCUUACCCGAUAUAGCACGAAUGAAUAUCGUGUGCGAAUAAUCAACAUCUGGCGUCCCAUCAAUGAUGUCGUAUAUGAUUGUCCAUUAGCUUUCUGUGACCCGCGGACGAUCGACCCUCGAGACCUUCGUGAUGUGGACAAGGUUCACCAAGAUCAUGUGGAAGAGAGUGCGUAUUUGACGCACGCAGAAUCACAGCAGUGGUACUAUCUACAUGAACAGUCUAAGCAUGAGGCUGCCGUAUUUUUAACGUGGGAUAGCGACUCUGGUGGAAAGCUCGUGACGCCGCCUCACGCCGCGUUUCUGAGUAAACCUGAAGGGCCUGCGAGAGUAAGUGUUGAGGUGCGACUGAUUGUUGUGACGAGCAAACAACAUGAACAAUAA